AUUUAAACUGCUGCCUGCCUGUGCAGCAGCUGAACAACUCCGGAAUGGAUUUUAUCCACCACAAUUCUGGCUUAAAACAGCUCCAAACCAUUUCUAUUACUGCCUAGCAACAAUGAAGGAAGGAACGGAGGGAGAUCCUAUUACUGAAGACAACUGAGGCACUGGGCGCUAGCCCUCCCCGCUAACAUUUCCAGSCGAAAUAUGGAUCCUGAGGAGAGCAGAACACAGCCCCGCAUUGUCCGAGCCGGCAAGCAGCAGAUGUGAGAGCCCCGAUGGCGCGGCUGUGAGCGGCUCCGCGCCACGGCAGCCACAAGUCGUGUCCUUUUGUCUGCAGCAUGAACAAAAAGCCCCGAGCCAAGGACGGCACCUCGGAGCGGGGAAGGUAACACGGCACCGGGCGGCCAGAUGGACAGAGCGGAUCCCGAGCACAGCGGGCGCAGGAAGCACGGCUGCUGGGGGAUGUGCGCAUGGUCCACAGCAUCUUUUUUUGCUGAAGUGAUGGCGUGCCCCAACUAUUUUCUGUGGGUAUAAUCGYGCACCACAAAUGGCCUGAGCAAGGAAGAGAGAGCCAUUUGCAGACAAUUACUCAACAYGAACAAAAGAAAAUGAAUACCAAAGAAUAGCAGUGGAUUCUAAACCAAUUGGAUAAACCUUUUGCUUGAGCAUUGUCUCACAUCCCAUCACUGGAUCCUUACAACAUGCUUCAGUGGAGAAGACGCCACUGCUGCUUGGCAAAGAUGACCUGGAAUACCAAAAGGUCUCUGUUUCGCACCCAUCUCAUUGGCCUGGUCUCUCUGGUGUUUCUUUUUGCCAUGUUCCUGUUCUUUAACCAUCACGACUGGCUGCCAGGCAAGGCUGGAUUCAGAGAAAAUCCCAUGGCUUACACCAUCCGAGGAUUUAGAUCUACAAAAAGCGAGACCAACCACAGCUCUCUGAGGAACCUGUGGAGAGAGGCUGUGCCUCAGACACUCAGGCCUCAGACAGUCACCAACCCUAACAACACGGAUCUGUCCCCGCAGGGAGUAACCGGUUUGGAAAACACCCUCAGUGCCAAUGGAAGUAUUUACAACGAGAAAGGCACUGGGCGUCCAACUUCCUAUCAUUUCAAAUAUGUCAUCAAYGAGCCUGACAAAUGCCAGGAGAAGACCCCUUUUCUAAUACUGCUCAUAGCUGCAGAGCCUGGCCAGGUGGAGGCCAGACAAGCAAUCCGACAGACCUGGGGCAACGAGAGUCUGACACCUGGCAUCCAAAUCGUGCGGAUUUUUUUGUUGGGCUUAAGCAUUAAGAUCAAUGGAUACCUCCAGCGUACCAUCCUUGAGGAAAGCAGACAGUACCACGACAUCAUUCAACAAGAAUACUUAGACACCUACUAUAAUUUAACUAUUAAAACUCUGAUGGGAAUGAACUGGGUUGCAACUUACUGUCCACAUGUUCCCUAUGUUAUGAAAACCGAUAGUGAUAUGUUUGUCAAUACUGAAUAUUUAAUACACAAGCUUCUGAAACCAGAACUUCCUCCGAGGCACAAGUAUUUUACAGGUUAUUUAAUGAGAGGUUAUGCACCUAAUAGGAACAAGGAUAGCAAGUGGUAUAUGCCACCUGAUUUGUAUCCRAGUGAACGUUAUCCUGUAUUCUGCUCCGGAACCGGUUAUGUUUUUUCUGGAGACUUAGCAGAAAAAAUCUUUAAGGUCUCCUUAAGCAUCAGACGUUUACAUUUAGAGGAUGUGUACGUGGGGAUCUGUCUCGCCAAGCUGCGGAUUGACCCCAUGCCCCCACCCAACGAGUUUGUCUUCAAUCACUGGCGAGUUUCUUACUCCAGCUGUAAAUACAGCCACCUAAUUACCUCCCAUCAGUUCCAACCUAGUGAACUGAUCAAAUACUGGAACCACUUACAGCAGAACAAGCACAACGCCUGUGCCAACGCGGCCAAGGACAAGGCUGGCAGGUACCGUCACCGCAGGCUGCACUGAGGGCCGGCACCGCCCGGCCGGCCCCGCAGGCCACGUGUAAAUAGCGCCCAACRCAUGGACACUGACCAUGGAGCAGCCCCACGGCACAGCCUGGACUCAGCCCAGCACACAGGCCACUCGGGAAAUUAUUUUUUUAAGUUAAAAAAAGAGUAUAGCUCUUAAAAAUUAUGGAAUUAUAACCAAAAGGUUUUCCCAGCAAAUCUGAGAUUUAAAAAAUGAACAUAAAAAAGAUGGUAUAUAAGGAUUUCUGUGUUAAUGUGCAAUAAUAAGCAUGCACACUUUGGUGGUACAAUUGCAGAUUUAUGUGCCAAUAAAAUAUAAUYGAGCAUAUUUUCCACACUAAAAUUUUAUUUUAAAAGAUGCAUUCAUAUCUCUAGUUCUCUUCCAUGUAAUGAUUUCAUGUUAUCUAGGACUUCUAUGAAAUGAAAAAUUAAAAACUAAGGAAAUGCACAAAGGACAGAUCAGUUUUACCCUCAAAUGCCACAUAACAGUUAUUAGACACUUCUUUAAUGUACAACACAUUUAACUAUGUCACAAAUUAGUAAGACACUACCAAUUAAUUCAAACCACUAAGAAAGUACUCCCUUGGAGUAGGUCCAGUGUGGGGAAGUUUGCUUAUUUGGUUUGGAAGGAAAGAUAAAUGCAAUCAAAGUUGCAAAGAUUUGUUUUGUGUAUCACCUUCAGAAAUGCAAGUGCUGUUCUGGAUGCAACUAGAUCGUCCAGAAAGAGCUGACUGAAAGUUACUUAUUCUCCAGGAGUCACAGGGGAAGCUCCUAAAAUCUGGUGCCAAGUAACUUUCGUUCACUUGGCACCUUCAUGCAAAUUCACUGAAUCUGCUGUUCAUUUCCCUAUAUAACUUCAAGGUAGCUCAAACAUGAUGAGAAACAUAAAACACAAGUUCAACUCUUGCACUGUUCUUGACAAAGUUUCAUUUUAUGCAAAGGGGGACGAAACUAAUCAAAUGUAUUGAUUUUUUUCUUUCCUGUCUGACAAAAACCAAGGAUCAACCAAGUGAAAACACAACUGCUGGAGAAAAUKAAGCCCCACACCUCAGUUUAUAGGUGAGGAAAACUGGGUCAUARUAAGAUUGAGAGUUCCAGCCAGCAAUAUGAGCAGGAACAAAAUCUAAGCAAUUCAAAGUCACAACACGUACCACUGAAAAYAAAUUGUGAGAAGUGGGUUAAAUCUAAUUACAGGUUUCCAGUUUUCUAACAAACAGAACUUUUAAAGCUUAUUUUCCAACUGUUACAGCAGAGYUGUAUCUGAUUCAGGUUAUCACUGUUUGUCACAGUGCCAGGGUAAGCAAUACCCACCUCUGAUUUAGCAGCAAAUUAUCAAACUGCAAUUAGUUUUCUGUUUGACUGGGACUUUUUAAUUGGAUAAAAUACAAAUAUUUGAUGUACUUUUAUUAUUUAAUAAAAUUGAUUAUAUUUAUGGUCUUAAGAUUUCACUUCUUAUGGGAAAGCUUCUCAGGAAGAAUGAAAUUUSUAGCUUUAGCUUUGUUUUUCUAGUGUUCCCUAGUCCUUAAAACCUGGUUUUCAUGCAGAGUACAGAGAUCACAGCAGGGUUUUCUCCUUUGUAAUGAAAAGACAAAUCAUAUUACUGAGCAUUUGCAGCAGCUCUCGGGCUGUCUGUCUGCAGGAACUCUCACACGUGAACAGACUGCAAGGSRCUGGAUGCACCUCUGAAACAAUUCCAGCAGCUCCUGGAGAAGAUGGGUGUGGGAAUUUGCUGAACACCUCUGUUUUUAUGACCCUCCAGUAAAUUUUUUCCUCUGCUGUAUUUGGGGUGUAUUAUUUGUAUAUUUGUACAUUUCCAACACACCUCGAAUCGUAUAAAUGCCUGGUUUCGGGGAAAGCAAAUACCUGUAAAAGUAGUAACUCUCUUCUGCUGAGAUUUCUCCACUAAACUGCAAGUUCAUGCACUUAGCUGAUGUGAUGAUUAUUGGCAUUCACGUGAGAGCUGCACUAGACAGACCUUUGGGAAUGUGCUUUCAGCACCCAUUGUAGCUUUCCUCAGUCAAUCUGCUGCUGGCUCCCAGCUAAGGCAGGCCACAGCUGACAUCCAGCUGAAGGYACCUGGCUGAAGGUCACUGCAGGCAGGCUUUAGGCCACAGUGCCAGCUCCAGCCCCCCAGAGUGAGUGUGGAAGCCAGCCACUGCUGCAGGGUAGUGAAUUUUGGAAGCUGUCCAAUCCCAUAAGUGGCCUCUCCCCGAGCAGUGCUGGCCAAGGAUGCAGCCCAGCUUCCUGGAGAGGACUUGAGCGCUGCUCCCCUCCGCUGUGAUCUAUUUGAUUUUACCAACUCUGGCUACUCCUAAAUGCUAUUCCUGGCUCCUGGGGGUAGUCCAAGAGGUUAAUAACUAAACCUUAAACAGUUUGGCACUUGAACCAUCGAGUUUGGCAGGCAAACCACCUCUUGGGUGCCGGGCUUUGGAGCUCCUGCACGAUGCUGAUCUGCCCGAGCUUGGCAGAACCACAGCACGAAGGYGACGAGUUCAGCAUAGCAAACCUUCUGCUAGUUACAGGACUAGUGAGGAGGAGGAGAUGCUAAACAAAACACCAUUUUUAAUGCCCUUUGAAGGGCCCAACAUGAUUUUUAAAAAUUUUACUAAUGUUUGAAUAUAAAUUGAA